UAAUCAUUUUUCCCAUUGCAUUGUUUACAUUAAUGUACAAAAAGAGAUAAUGAUUACUAUAAAAUCAUUGUAAAACAAUGUUUCUUUUUUAAUUCAUUACUCCUAGCUUUACAUACAAAGAUGCAAUACUUGGUGUUUCUUAUUUGUUAUUCGCUUCUAAUUAUCGUCGUGAGACCAUACCGAAUCAAUGAAGAAAUUCAUUCGGAAGCUUUUAAAAGCAAACUUUGGUAACGUUUCUUAUUUUCAUUUGUGUUUUCUGGUAACGAAUGUACCUCUUUUUUCUUCGUAAAAGUUUAAAAAACUUUCUAAAAUCACAACAUGUUCACUUCUCUUGAUAAUUGAAUACUAUCUACUAAUAUUUGUUUUCAGUCAAGCUAUAGAAACUCAUUCUAAUAUAAAACUAAAUAGGUUUAGAUGACAUUUAUCUGUGAAAAAAAAACUAAUAUAAAGGAAAUAGUGCUUGAUAUUGAAACAUUUCUUUGUUGUUCUAAAAUUGUUUCUUUUCAAGGCCAACGAAUCGAACACUGACAUGGAAAUUGGACUAUAAUCAUUCAGUAUAUGAUUCAAGUAAAAUUCGUGAAGACAUUCAACAAGCAUUUGAUGAUUGGGCUCGUUAUACUGAAUUAAGUUUUCGUGAAGUGACUGAAGGCGAGAAAGCUGAUUUCAAUUUGGUUUUUAUAUCUGAUGAUCAUUCAGAUGAAGUUCCAUUUGAUGGGCCUAGAGGACAAAUAUCUCAUUCUUUUCCUCUUGGGAGUCAUUCUGCUGGAUAUAUUCAUUUUAAUUCUGCUGAAAAAUGGUCACACAUGUAUGAUGGGAUAGGCUAUAACUUACGUUUAGUUGCUGCUCAUGAAAUUGGAUCUAGUCUUGGUCUUCCAGAGUCAUCUGACCCAGAUUCAAUUAUGUAUCGGUUCUAUCGAGUGAUUGAGCCAAAUGUAAUAUUAUCGAAACAAGUUUGUAUGAUAGUUGUUUUGUUCUUUCUUUUUCUUGACAAACUCGAAUGAGAUUCCACGAUGAUCACAUUAAGAAGUUUAAUUUAAUCAUCUGAUCUCACUUCAUCCAUUUUUGUCACCAAGUUAGUGACGUUAAGAAGUCAUAUAAAAAAAUUAAUCAUUUGUAUCUGCAUUCAUUUAAUAUUACUAAAGAAUUGAAUUAACGUUCGUUCAAUGCAUGAUUGAUAAGCUUGCAAUGGCAAAUUUUGAAAUACUUUGGCUUCACAUAAGAAAAUAAUCAAGGGGGAAAAAGCAGAUUUUAGCCCCUAAAAUCUCUGGAAAUCUUUAGAAAUCUUCAGAAAUCUCUAGAAACCUUUAAGAAUCCUUUAAAACCUUAUAAUGACGCAUGUUCCAGCAACAAUAUAGUACUGAACUAUGGGGACUGUAUGGAACUUGUAUUGACCCGCUUUCAUGUUACUGUACUAGUACUGUUAUAUCUCUAAUUUUUCCGCGAGAGAAAGAACCUUUUCGGCAAAGAAAGAUUAUUUUUUUUAUAAAGGUUCUUGAAAAUGCUCAAGUAAGAUUUGCUAAACGUUGAAUUGCAAUCCAUGACAGAUUUAUCAGAAAGACCAUAAAAUUUAGGACAGAAAUGAUUCUGUAUAAUAAAAUGUUUUGUUUGAUAUUUUUCAUCAAGAAUUCUUCUGCCAUAGAUUGGAUGAUUCAUCGUAAACAGCUAAAUGUAACUCAACUGAAUCGUAGAUUAUAAAUGAUCUUCUUAGAAAAUAAACAUAAACUCGUGAGUUAAACCGUGAGUGGUGUUCCAAAGAAGUGUGAUUGAAAAGCUGAUUAUGAAAGUCAAAGUUUCAACGAAGUAACUUAACAAGUUUUGGUUUUGUAAAAAAGAUUGUCUACAGAUUAAGCUCGAUAUGCAAAACUUGAAGUUUUUUCUUCACGAACACGACAAAACAAUUUUAAAAGUGCAUGUAACACAAACUAUCACCUUUAGCAGAGACGCUUAUAUUGUCAGUUAAGGAAAUGAAACAUGUUUGGGUCAUAGUGAAGGUCUCACUAUCAAACUUAUAAAUUUGAAACGCUAGCUGCUGCUGUGUACCGGCUAUAAUAUUAUACAGGGUGGCGUAAAAGUCACUUUACCCAACAACAAAAAAUUGAAUAUCUCCAUUACGG